AUGGCAAUGACAGACUUCUCUUUUUUGAACCUCUCUGAGCCGCAGGAUAUCGGUGGAUUGAGCUUCAGUCUUGGACCGAGAGAUGACAACACCCAGUCUGAUUCGAGACUCAUACCCAACGUCGAGGUCUCUAUGCCCGAUGACAGCGAACAAGAUCAGCAGCAGACAAGAAGAUCAUCAUGGGCAUCGGAAGACGGAACGAAACAAGAUGUUCUCGAGACCUCUCAUAAGACCGCUGCGGAAGAGGUCCAUAGUCGUCUUUGGUACGAAGCCUACAAUCCAAGCAAGACAUCAACCACUUCCUACAAGAUGUAUCGCAGAGGAAGUCAAUGCUUCCAACCGCGCUCGCACGCACAAGCCAUCGACGAAUAUUACGAUGAAGGAGAAUCAAACCCUGCUCAACGCAUCAUGAUGCCGGACCCCCAGCCACCGAGUCUUGACGCAUCGGGAGACCACGAGUAUUGUGACGAUUGUGAGACUUUUGGACCUAACAGAUCAUAUUGCAAUGUCUGCACCUUCUCGAUGUGUGAGUACUGUUGGAAACGACAGUUGACCCACAAGAACAAUGCAUCGCAGAACGACAUUCCUCACGAAAAGACGCCACGGUCACUUGCGCGAAAGACACAAGCUGUGUUCAACCCGAAUAUUGAUGAAGACGAGCGCCAGAAAUUGCAUUGUGAAGAUGUCCUUACUUCUUGGUUUGGCGUCCACCGCGAGGAUAGCGCGCGUCCUCUUCUGCGAGACUAUGGAAGAUUUGAGGGCCUAAUGGCCUCCACGCGACAACUUGCUGAAGAAAAUCACUCCUAUCUCGAUCCAAGCGCACGAUACCCUAGCUUUGUUUCUUUCGUUGGCCAGACUGGAGCUGGAAAGAGUUCCUUGAUAAAGCUAAUCAUCGACCUCGGUGCGAAAACACCAGCAUUAUUCGACACCCCAGUAGUUGGCGCGGUUGGCAACACUUCGCCGACCUCCACUGACGUUCAUCUCUAUGUGGAUCCUCCGACUGCCGAUUCCGAUCACCCGAUUCUUUACGCUGAUUGCGAAGGGCUUGAAGGGGGUGAGCGGGAACCAGUCGCGGCCAAGGCAAUCAAACAAAGAGCGAAGAAAGCGAUUCCGGGUGUUUCGGAUCAUUCUUUUCACCAUGUGUCCGAGCGAGAUCUUAUCUGGGCAGACAAAUCAUGGAGAAAGACUCGAGAGUUUGCAGUCAGAGAGCUUUAUCCUCGUCUUCUUUACACUUUCUCAGACGUUAUCGUCUUCGUACUCAAGAACCCGAAAGUCAUUGAAAGCGUAUUGGUCAAACUAGUCGAAUGGGCUGCGGCUGCGCUUGAGGGAUCUUCCAACCAACCAGUUCUGCCACACGCCAUCAUUGCCUUGAAUGCUUCAGAAAAUGCAACAUCUACAGAGUUGUGGGAUGUUGACAUUGCAACCACAACUCUGAUGAAAGAGAUGUCCCAAACCGUGUUUCAAAACGAGACUCUCAAGAAGUACGUUCAGUUCUGGCACAAGCGUGAUAAAAUAAUCAGGACGGUAGAGGAUCUCAUCCUAUCAUACUACACGUCCAUAAAGGUGGUUCGUAUUCCCACAACCGGCCGACCCAACCUCAUUGCCAAACAAAUCAAUGAUCUCACAGCCAACAUCCGGUCGGCAUGUCAAGUUUCUGGCAGACGCAAAGGUGAUCUACGCAUGCUUCUGAAUGCAGAAGAUAUGCAACCUUAUCUUCAAUACGCCUUUGACCAUUUCUCGAAAAGUAUAGAAUCACCAUUUGAUUUCGUCCAAGCGUCAUUCGCGCAUAGUCCUAUACCGGAUGACUUUGGCGGAAAUAUUUUGAAGCUUGCCGUCCAACUCAUGGAAGCCUGGAAAGAUCGCGCGGGACCUCGUCCGAUUUUUGAAGAGCUAGCCGUUGUAGUUGCCAGUUGCAUCAUGCUCGAUGCAACACGUCACGGUAUCCUUGGUGAGAGCUCGUACAUGACCUACUGUGGCGACUAUGAGUCGCAAUUCACGUUUGACGCCUUUCGGGAGCACUUCCGUAACGAAGUUUACGUGGCUCUCCACGAGCUGCUCUGCAAUCUCCCUCGCAAUCAUCUUUGCGCCGACAGCCCUGAGAUCAAUGCCGCUACGGAUCAACAUAAGAACAAAGUCUUGAAGCCAUUUUUUGCUCACGCCUUGGAAGGAAAUGACACAUACGACUUCUCUAGCCACACGGUCUGCUUCUGCUGCCUUUUUGACUUCCCAGAGCAUACUUUACCAUGUGGGCAUGUGAUAUGUACCGGUUGCCUCAAAGCCUACGGCCAUGUCACCAAAGAACAUACUGUCGAAUUUUGGGAAUGUCCAAUGGAUGGCAAAAUCCUUGGCUAUACGCCUUUCUACCUGAAACCUCCGCAUUGCGGUGUCAGGAUUUUGACCCUGGAUGGCACUGGCGGUAUAAUUGCGCUCGGCUUAGUAUCGAAAGGCUGGAGUGUCGAUGAUUGCACCCGGAAGUUCGAGAAUCUAUGUCAUAAAGCCUUCCAGGAACGUAUGAUGGCUAGAGGUCCUUUCCUAGGGAGGCUGAUCCGGACCUAUUAUCAUUCGCUCUACGGAACUGCUGCUAUCGAAGGUGCUCUCAAGGAGGCAUUCACGGAGUCUGCCGACCUUUUUGGUGCAAAGCCUACAAGCUCAGGCAUCUACGGUAUCAAAGUCGCUGUCACAGCUACAGCUGUAAGUUCCAGUGUCGUGCUCUCGAACUAUAAUAGGAUCUCAGGGACAUCACUACCCUACCAUUUUGAGCGUCCAGAAAAGGGAUGUGCCGAGUUGCGGCUCUGGGAAGCAGCAAGAGCGACUUCAGCGGCUCCCUUGUACUUCACACCCUUCAACCAUGCGGGCUCAAAACAAACAUACUAUGACGGCGGCGUGCACCAUAACAACCCCGUAAAAAUUGCUGACAGCGAAAGGAAGCUCAUCUGGCCUGAUCUGAAGGAACCAGACGUCAUCAUCUCAGUCGGGACUGGACACAAUCUUACCAAACUCGAAAAGAGAAAAGCUGCGCCUUUCAAGCCUACUGCCACGCGCGGAAUUAUUGCCCAGGGUGCGUUCCUUGCCAAUAUGGCGAAAGAUCAUAUCGCAGUCUCGCUCGACUCUGAGCAGACCUGGAAGGAUUUCCUUGCUAGCAGCAAAAAGUCCGAUGAUCGAUUCCGAUAUGUGCGGUUGAAUACUAGUUUCCCGACCGAUCCGCCUUUACUGGACGACCUCUCCAUGCUAUCUGAAUUGCGCGAAAUGGCAAAGAAGCAGUUUGCAGGUCAAUACCAGACAAACAUGCUUGCUCUCAAAUUAGUGGCAACAAGUUUCUACUUCCAACCCGACGAGACCGAUCCUCUCAAGAGGAAAGAAGUGACAGGUUACAUCCGCUGUCGCUUUGCAGACGACGACCCAAGGAUUUCUGCCUUGGGAACCUUCAUCUUCGAAAAGACUGGUAUUGCAAACGAAGCUUACUUUCUCAUCAGUGAAUAG